GCUACUGCCCGUUUUUUUAAUAUUCCAAUCACAACUUUGAAGAAUCGCACCAAUGCACUUCAGCAACCUGAAGCUCGAUGUGCACGAGCUGAACAUACACAUUCAUUGUCCACUGUCUUUCGAUGCAGGCAGGAUGAGCACCAAAGAGGAGCCUGAGCUCGAGAGUCAGAUCGCCACUAUCCAGCAUGCAGGGACGCACAUCGCGCGGGCGACGCGCUCGGCCAGCAUCGCCCUGUCCUCCACGGGCUCGUGGAGAGACUCGUCGCGCAGCUGGGGCUGGCUGCUCUCCGGCGCCGUGCUCGUCAACGUGCUCGUGCUCGGGUGCGCCCUCGUCAGCGCCAGCGUGUUUAACGAGAAGCACAUAACCACCGUGCACCUGCAGGUCUACCUCGUGGUGCUGAUCGUCUUCACCACCGCCUGGAUGGUCUUCUAUAAAGCGUACACGUGCCGCGAGGAAGAGGCCGUGCUCUACAAAGACACGCACGCAGGACCCGUGUGGCUCAGAGGUGGCUUGGUGCUGUUUGGUAUCUGCAGCUUAAUCAUGGACGUUUUUAAGAUCGCCUUUUACGUGGGUCACAUUCACUGUGACUCACCUGUGAAAAUCGUCUUCCCCACUGUGCAAGCCAUGUUUAUUCUGGUGCAGACAUACUUUCUCUGGCUCCACGCCAAGGACUGUGUCCAAGCACAGAGGAACGUAACUCGCUCUGGGCUGAUGCUCACCUUGGCCACAAACCUGAUGCUAUGGAUGUCAGCAGUGACAGAUGAAUCUCUCCAUCAAACAGUGUAUCCCAAUGAUACCCUUGGCCUCAGGGGUCUCUCAAUUAGAGCUAGUUCUCCUGACGAUGGUUGUGUAUGCAGCAUCACGGCAUGCAGCAUCUUCGAAGAAGCCUACUAUUACCUCUAUCCAUUCAACAUAGAGUACAGCCUGUUUGCCUCGGCCAUGACUUAUGUAAUGUGGAAAAAUGUGGGCAGGCUAGUGGAUGACCACGGGCAUCAAGAGCACCGCUUCCGCAUGCGUGAUGUACUAAUAGGCCCAGCCUGUGGCCUGCUGGUGUUGGUGGCUGGCUUGACCAUUUUUGUGGUAUAUGAGGUUGAUGUAUCAUCUGAAGACAAAGAUAAGAAAGAGAUGGCUCUCAUCUUGUACUAUGCUGCCAACACAACCACAGUGGUCCUGAUGACUGUGGCAGCAGGAAUUGGUUGCGCUAUGUACCGGCUGGAGCAGCGUGAGCAUGCAGUUGGCAAGAACCCAACACGCAGCCUAGACGUAGGGCUGUUAGUGGGUGCAUCUGUAGGCCAGCUCACUGUCUCAUACUUCACAGUUGUGGCCGUAUUAGCGAUUGGUGUGGGAGGCCUGGUCAAUGCACUCAACCUGACCUGGAGUGUACUCACUGUAGUCGAGCUUUGUGUACAGAACGUGUUCAUCAUUGAAGGUUUGCGGCGAGAACCACACCAGGACACACGCCGUGCCAGCAUCUUCUCCAAUCUGCUUGCUUUGCAAGCGCAUGAUGAGAGCAGGCGGUCCAGCAACGUGCUCACGCCUCGUGGCUCGAUCGCCAUCUCGGUCCACAAGCCCCUGCCCUGGAAGAGAAAACUUCUCAAGGAGGUCUCAUUGUUCCUGCUGCUUUCAAACAUUAUUCUUUGGAUCAUGCCUGCCUUCGGCGCACGGCCACAGUUUGACAACCCACUUGGAGAGCAGUUCUACCAGUUUAGCAUGUGGGUGGCUGUGAUUAAUGUUGGACUGCCUUUCGGGAUCUUUUACCGGAUGCACUCAGUUGCCAGUCUUUUUGAGGUCUACCUAACCUCCUGAAUCUACAGCCUUAGACAAUCAAGCUUAUAUAUUAUGAAACAUUUUUUUGUAAACAACAAUAUAUUUUUUAUACUUUUUUUGUUUUUUUAUGUUUACUUAAAAACUGAUUGAAUAGCUUGUAUUUCUAUUUCUAUAUAAAGGAUUUCUGUAUCUUACCUGUAAUUGUAGUUUAUAUGCAGAAGGGUAAUAAAUGACAGUCUCUUGGUAA